AUGGAAGGAGGAAAUAAUAGAGGAAGAGGAGGUGGAAGAGGAGGUGGAAGAGGAGGUGGCAGAGGAGGUUUUGGUGGAGGUAGAGGUGGACGUGGAGGCUUUGGCGGUGGCAGAGGAGGUUUUGGUGGAGAAGGCAGAGGACGUGGAGGCUUUGGCGGAGGCCGUGGCCGAGGAGGCUUUGGUGGAGAAGGCAGAGGACGUGGAGGCUUUGGUGGUGGCAGAGGAGGUAGCAUCAGGCCAAGAAGCGAACCAACAUCAGAUCAAGACAACAAUAACAAUAAUAACAAUAACAUGGAUCAUACUACAUCAUCUCUAUCUCGAGCAACAAAGAAGAUCAAGUUGGAUAAUGAUGUUGACAUGUCUUCAUCUACUGUUGACAACAGUUCAAACAGUAGCAACAUCAAAAGUAUUGGAUAUCUCAGAGUUGUACGAUCAGAACCAGAGACAUCAACAACAACAACAUCAACAACAUCCACCACAUCAUCACAAUCACCAAUAAUGUCAAUUGAUCCAUCAACCAUCAGUUCAAAUUGGCAAUCACUAAGUAAAACAAUAGUACCAUCAAAGAAGCCAACAUCAUAUCGCGGAAAGAAGAAUGACUCGACGUCAACAUCAACAACAGGAACAGUAACCGCACCAUUGGUCGAGAAGUCGGUUUUCGAUCUGAUCAUUCGUAACCCAGACGACAAAACAAUCACCAAGGUAUUGGCACUGGAUUGCGAGAUGGUUGGCGUCGGCCCCAAGGGCAGCAAGGGCGUACUGGGCAGCAUAUGCAUCAUCAACGCCAACGGCAACACAAUCUAUAAAAGUUACGCGCAGCCACUGGACCCCGUGACGGACUACCGCACGCGCUGGUCCGGCCUCACCAAGAAGCACCUGGACAAGGCACCGCCCUUCCUCACCGUCCAGAAGGAGGUGGCCUCCAUCAUCAAAGAUCACAUCCUGGUCGGACACGACAUCAAGUCCGACCUGGCCGUGCUGCUACUCAAUCACCCACCACAGCUCAUCAGAGACUCGCUGAACUUCCCCGCGCUCCAGUCAUCGCGACUGAUCACGCCAGAGGCCAAGCUGAAUGGCGAGCGCAGGGCACCCUUUACCAAGAUGCAUGGCGUGUCACUGAAACAGCUGGCACUCGAGAAGCUUGGCGCCACUAUUCAGAAGGGCGUCCAUAACGCCGAGGAGGAUGCGCUGACCAGUCUGCUGCUGUAUAACAAGUUCAAGAAGCAGUGGGAGAUGCAUGUGCGCUCCGUAUUCUAUCCAGCCAAGAAGACCCCAGAGCAGCGACGUCAAGAUCGCGAGGAGAAAUUGAACAAUGACAGCUAUUUCGACAAGUCCAAGACAUCAUCGACAAAGUCCGAGUCAUCGGCCAUGAUCAUGGACAUCCCAUCAACAACCAUCAUUAUGAACAACGACCUUAGCGAUGGCGAUGACAAUGGACAGGACAACUACGAAGACGAUGAGUAA